AUGUCUUCAGGCAAGGUAGCGUUACCUAUCCCAGGUUGUGAACUGGCUCCGAUCAGUGCCUAUCCUCCAAUCAAGGGUCGAAUAUGCUGCCGUUCGUCAAGAAGUCAACUCCUCGGAUGGGUCUUGAGAAGAACCUUCUUUAUUUUUGAUGAGAAGGCAAAUUUUGAGCUUUCUCGGCUUAACGACUCUUUCUUCGUACGACUCUUUCUUCGAACCAUUUGGUAUGUAUUGCCCCAUAACUAUAGAUCAGAUCCACCAGCCGAGAAACUCAAUUCCGCACUGCUGCUGAGUCGUCGGACUUAUCCACCAAGGGAUUCGUGGAAUUUCUCGCCUCCUUUUGGGUAUGCCGAUACUAAGAGUCCUCUCACUACCAACCAGCAGACAUCAUCUGGCUGGGUCUUGCCGGCGUAAGGUAGAUCGGAGCAAGAGGGAACGCCUAGACGACGUUUUUAUUCCUAGGCUACUGUAAGUAGAUCGAGAGGUCGUUCUGCCCCUUGUCCCCGAAGAUGGGUGAUAUGUUCUCAAAAAAUGUUGCUUCAAUCUGACCUAGCUGGCGAGCGAUCCCAGUUCGCAGCAGAGAACAAGACAGCAAGCGAGCGUACCUUUGUUCACUUCUUCUCCACCAAGCACGGAAGUUUAAGGAUAACUGUAGGUCGGUGGCUACCUAAGGAAACUCCGAUUCGAUCCGCCCCCCGGCUGGGAGGCAUUUACCUCAUCCCGAUCACAAGGAGAGGUUCACCAUGAUGGGGGUACUUCUAAUUUUCCUUUCUGGAAAGAAUGAAAUGCAUAGGGGACCAUCCUUUUGUUGCGGCAUGCUCCUCAGAUUUACGGAUUCGCAGGGGGCGGAACGACCUACUUAGUUGACUGACAAUGACAAAGGCUUGCGAAACUAAGUAGGGCCUUUUUAAUUGAAUCUUUAGUAGUCUAUCAGUGGUGCGAAGAGAAACAUAUCUUUUUAUGACUUCUACUUAUCUAUCCCGGCCCGGAAAAGUGAGCGACCAGGUUUAUAAAGACUGGUUCGAAAGGCGCGUCUAGCCCUCUUGAUGAAUGAAAGAAAGGGUUUCUGAGCCCUAGCCCUGUAAGCCCACACCUGUGUAGAGUAGAUCGUUCAACACAUGCGGCACAAACCAAAUUUUGACCUAUUGGUCCUAGUCUCAUAGGCGACCGAACGGCCGCUCCCUAAUUACUAGACCGACCCGCUAUAAUAAUUCCAUAAACACCUAGCGAAGAUAUGGCAAACAAAUAAAGUAGCCCUAUGUUCGGAUCUGACAAUACCAUACCAUAAUCAAAAGGUACAACGGCCCGAGCGACCAGACUUAACAUAAAUGUAGCCACUGGAGCCAUUCUAAAAAGGAAAAAAUUAGCACUACUUGGUGAAAUAGGUUCUUUUAGAAUCAAUUUCGAACCAUCUGCUAGAGGUUGUAACAAUCCGAACGAUCCCACUACAUCAGGACCCUUUCUACGUUGCACAAAAGCCAUUACUUUACGUUCAGCUAGCACUAAAAAGGCUACUCCUAGUAGAAGUGGUAGAAUUAUUCCAAGUAUUUCAGCUGGAACAGCUAUGUACGUUUUCGAUUUUUUAUUUACUCAUGAUCUGGCCUGGUCGACCCAAUCAUGAUAUUGAAGGAUGGGACCUUUUCUUGAAAAACUCCCGAUACCGAGAAGAGUUGAAGAUGGUGCAACAUUGAAUCCUCUUACCUUACUUCGAAUGGAAUCUUAGCCCGCCUCACUUGCUUUCUUUACUGCAUAAGGGCAUAAACAAAGUCAAGGGAUUGAUGAAAUUACUCGACUAAAAGGAGAGGUCCAACGUAAUUGAUUACUCGAAUGAAAGGAGAGGAGC